UAGAUAUUGAGAUACUAUGUACAAGUACACUAAGUGUCUAAGUUUGUUUAAAGCUCAUACUAUUUGAGUAUCCGACAUCGUUCAUGUUAUAUUGAUUAUUCAAUAUUCAUAGUCCAUACUCCAUAAAUACUAAUUAAUAGGAAUUAGAAGCCUGCUCAGAGUAAAGUUUUGUAUUGAAUUAUUAAUUUAAAAUGGCUAGUGAAGAAUACACUGGUAAACCAUACAAAAUAAUUGAUUCAAAGCGUGAACACAAAAUUGGUAUUGUGGCAACUUCAUUAUCUGAUUUUAUGACUAAAGCUCAACAAAAAUUUAACAUAAGUGAACCCAUUAAAGUCGUUCUUGAAUCUGAUGGCACUGAAAUUGACGAGGAAGACUAUUUUGAUACUUUGGAAAAUAAUACAUUAAUUAUGAUAUUAAAACCCGACCAAAAAUGGUGUCUAUAUAGUGAUAUAAGCAUUAAACUUACUGAUGAUCAAGUUGAUGGUCCGCAUAGUUUAAGUAGUUUGAUUCAACGUCUACAAAAUGAUAUAGGUCAAAUAGCAUUCUUGGGCGGUUGCGAUCUUGAACUUUUGUCUGAUAUGGAUCCAGACAGUUUGGUUGAUAUGGCAUUUGACAGGUCAUUUCUAGAUCAAAUUAAAGAAGCUAGUGGACGCUUUCUUUAUGAAAAACGAGAAGCUCAAGAUGCAAUCAAUUUGCUCAAACUCUACCAUGCCUCGACAAUCGGUCAAAAUUCAUCCAAGAAAAGUAAAGUUUAAUACUUCAUUAUGAAAUUAAAUUUUUAAAUUAUUUUACAACCAAAACACAUAGUUUGAUAAAACAUUUACAGUAAGAAAGUUUUAAGUUAUUUCAUCACUGUACCACUAUUUAUAUUAAAUGGUGUUAAUUUAUUGUCAUUAGGUUAUUGUUUUUCUAUUUAGUUAAUAAUCACUACUAAUCCUUUGAAUAAUAUUAAAACAGAUAAAAGUUGUAUUCCUAUUUUAUUUUGUGUAUAUUAUGUGUAUUUGAUUAGUGUUAUUUAUAAAGAUUACCUAUGUUUAACAACUAAUAGAUAUCAAAUUAAAUUUAACUGUACUAUUGUUUUUAGUCAUUAAUUUUAGAAAUGGAUACGUACCUAUUAAAAUAUUUUAAAUGCAUUAGUUGAUAAAAAUAAAGUAAAUAAAGUAAUACAGAAUAAUCAACUUAACUUUAUGAAUAUAUAUAUUUUACUAAACAUUAGAUUGAAAUGUCGAAUUAAUUAAUUCUUAACCAAUUUUUUUUAUAAAAAUAUGUUUUUAAUGUCCCAUUUUUUCUUUAUUUUUUUUUAGUGCAUUAGGAUAUUAUUAAUAUUAUUUAAAUAAACAAAAUGAAAUUGAAAUGUCCAAAGAUUUACUUUAUAAAAUUAUAAAAAAAUUUAUUUGUUAAUAUUUUUGCAAUUUCAUAAUAAUAUACCAUUAUUACUAAUCUAAUCAAGUUGUGUUGGUGCUAUUCUGGGUUUAAGCAAAAUCUUAAUGAUGCCAUACCAUUUUUCAGUAAAAACUUUAAUAAAUACACAAUUAUUAUAAUAUUAUGAAUUUAAAAAUUGAUCUAUUUAAUUGAUUGUAUUACCUCUAAAAUCCAAGUAUAAAGUAUUGCAACUAAUCAAAAAAAAAUAUUGUUACAAAACAAAUUAUAUUUAUCCAAACAAUAAAUAUAUCACUGAAAAAUUUGACAAACUGUUAAUAAAAUAAAGUAAAUCUAUAUAAAUGCAAUUUAAAAACUAAUAUGUAAUCAUGGAAAAAAAUGUUUUCUUUUUUAUACACAAAAAUAUCAAACAAAAUUGGUAUUACAAAUGUUUAAAUAAAAUUAUGAUCAACAAAUGCAUUUAAAAAUAAUUUUUGUGUUUGAAAUUUUUAUAAUUGUGUAACUCUUGACUUGAAUGUUUUAUAUUUUUAUAUUGUCUUAUUUUAUCAUUUUUGUUAGUUUAUGUGACAGAUCUUAUAUCCUUUAAAUAAUCACAAAUAUAAUAUCUGAACUAUGAAACAUAAAAAUUUUAAUUUAAAAUUAAUUCUUCCUGUUUUUUAUUUAUACUGCUUUACAAUUCUGAAAAUUAGGUAGGAAAUUUGUGUUGUAUAAAAAAAAAAUGUUAAUGCAUUUAAUUGUAUUUUUCUUUCUUUAAUUCAUAUUAAAAUUAAACUUACUACUUAGUAAAAUGUUAAUUAUUGGACCAUUGUUUAAUAAGGGUAAUUAUGAUUUAAUAUUAAGACAACAAUUGUUUUUUUUUUGUUUUUGUAUAUGUAGUAGAAUAUUGUUACACAUUUCACAUUUUUUUGUAAGCACUGCCUAAGUAUCAGUGGCGUGAUUAUGGCAAGGGAUGUGGAUGUUGUAUUCCUCCUCAUGACCUUUUUCUUUUUUAAAAAAAAACUAUCUGGUAAACAUAUAUUUAUGUAUAUUAAUUUAACAUAACGUCUUCAUCAGAAUAUUUCAACUGUGUAAAGAGUGAAAACAUAUUUAAGAAACAUACUGGCUGAGGUUAAUUCUAAUUCUUUACUUUUUUACUGUACAAAAUCAAUUAAAUGGUCUUGUUAUGUUGGUUGUUCACAAAAAUAUUAAAAUAUACCCCAAAAAGUACUUAAUUAAUCAGAAUUAAAGGUAUAUAGAAUGUUGUGAUUCGUAAUGAUAUUGUAUCUUAGUAGAUACCAAUAAAAUAAAUACCUAUUUGUAAAUUUGAAUAAUUAAAUAUUAUGUAAUUAUGUAAUUUAAAGUAUACAGAUCAUACUGGUUGUAUUUAGAAGUGCUUAAUAUAUUAAUAUAUAAAUCAAUUUUUUUUGAAAUGGGGGAGGAGAUAAUUGGCAAAUUAACAAACAUUUUAACCCCCCUAAACCCACAAACAUAAUCAAAUUACGCCACUGAUAGGUAUUGAAACUAGUAAUUUAGUAUUUUGAUGUAACUAGGGUAUUUAUAAAAUAGGUAUCCUAGGUAGUUAAAUCUUUAAAUGUUAUAGUGAUUUAAAACUUUAAAAUGCACAAAUCAUAUUAUAUUAACCUUGUAAUCAUUAAUUGUUUUAUUAAUUGUUUUAGUGCACAAUUAUGUAUUUAAAUACAAAAUCAAUAAAAAUGUUUGUGUGGAUAAUAAAAUAGGCCUUUGGCAGUCAUAAUUAUAA